AUGGCUGAAUCUCUGCCUGCAACUGCGAAUCAACCUAAGACUAAAAUAGGCACAUAUGGCCCGUUGGCAGAAGCACUGUACUAUUUGGUCUCUUUCAUCGAAGGCUAUGACCAACAGGUGUUGUCCAUGUGUAUGAGGGCCUUCGAGUUAACGUUGGGAUUUUCGCAGUCUCAGUUGUCUACUCUGGCAACCGUGUCUACUAUGUCACGCAUGGGUUGUUGCAUAAUCUGGGGGUUGCUCGCGGAUAAGUAUGCUUCGAAAUUUGUGCUUGGUGGCGGACUGUUAGUGAUGGGCGCGGCUUCUAUUUUGCUUAGUUCUGCAUCGCACUACAAAGUGAUUGUGUUCUUGCGAUUCUUGCACGGAUUCGGAUUCGCCUGCGUAUACCCGGUGCAACAAAAGAUCGUUUCCGAUUCAACUGACUCGAAGGAAGCAGAAGAGCAAGCCAAACAAAGCAAGCCAAGUGCGGGUUCGCAUAGCGGUAGUAGAACGCUGGGAAGCAGCCAGCAAGAGCUCGGUACUGAAUCAGAGAAGUCAGAUAAGAAAAAAGAAUCAAAGGAAGCCAGCAAGAAGUUCACGGCUCUUCAGGCUCUAAAUUGCGUUGGACGAUUAAUAAGCGCAGUCAUAACUACGCUCAUUGCACGCAAAGUAUUGUUGGGAUAUUAUGGUUGGCGUACUUCCUACGUUGUUUUGGGAUACGUGUGGAUACUGUUCGGUAUAGCCAUUUUAUUUGGCUUGGUUUUAGACACAUCGUGUAAUAAAAACAAGGAUAAUACACAAAAUGACAGUUUCAUGGAGCGCAUACCUAAGGCCUUUCAGGAAGUAUUUACGAAUCCAACAGCAGCGAUUUCCAUAUUUACAAUUUUCAUCGCAGAAGCCCCAAUGUGCGCGUUUAAUUAUAUGACCAUAUAUCUCCAAUAUUUGGGAGUGUCUGACACUAUGGCAGGCGUAGCGAUUGCAGUUACACUGAUAGGUGGCGCAGCUGGAAGUGGAGCGGGGGGUGAAAUUAUAAAUGCAAUUACGAAGGUUAAUGCUAAUUAUGCGGAACUUGGUUCUGGGCUUGCAGUAAUGGUUGUACGACUGGUUGUGUGUCUACUAUUCUUCUUAGGAAAGGCGCCAAGAGGUAAGCUGCUCUGGUAUCAUUAUGUUGAGUUAGCAACGCUCGGAGGUACAUUAGUAACAGUUGGCGGUGUAGAUAGGGCUAUUAUGAAGGAUGUAAUAGAUAAUGACAACCAGGCUACUGCAGCUGCCAUAAUUAGAACAAUAUCCGGCAUCUCAAGCAGUAUAAUUCUGUACCAGAUUUCUGCAUAUUUGACCGAAAAGGUUUUCGGCUACGUUCCUUCUAGGGAAUCGUUUGAAACCAUGGCCACUGAUAUUAAGGAGAGAAAUGCUGAAGCCCUGAGAAAGUCAAUGAUGUACAUUAUUUUGGCAGGCACAGUACUCAACGUUGUUUGUUAUAUUGCGAUGUGUUUCACAUAUCCAUUACAUAGACAAAAAAAACAGACAUCUGACCAAGCGCAAGCACGAAUAGUGAAAUGA